AUGCGCUUCGCAAGUGAGUGUAAUUAUUGACUCCUAGAACUUAUUUUUACUAGUUUGCUUGCCUGGUAGAUGUUUUCAAAAUUAAGUUUGUUUAACAUUAUCUGUGUAUUCCAAAUUAAAAAACUACCCUGUAGCUAGUUUUAAAACCCUAGCUAAUCUAAUGAGGAACAAAUGAAUCAUCAUUAUUAGUAUGAUGAACACAUACAUGUUAAUAUUAAACGUUCUAGUAAUAUAAAAUUUUAGAUUCAAUAAUGAAAACUCGAGUCCGUUUACUUCUCUUGUUCAGCAGCAUUAUUACCCUCUUCAUAUUUUAUGUUAUGUACGAUGAAAAGCCCAGAAGUACAGAUACUAAGGUGAGCUUUAUCAUUAUGAUGUUGCAGACCCACAUUGGGAGGCACAUUUUUAUUUAUUUGUUUUUAGAAUGACAAAUACUAUAGUCAAAAAUUUAAAUUGCCAACCCGUUACAAACCUACAAAACAACAAUAUAUAAUACAUCCACCAAGUGUAGAACGAACAUUACCCAAUCGAAGUGAAAUUAUUCCUAGAGAUGCUGUUUGGCAAAAUGUUCAUUCAACAAAGUAUUAUAAUUUAGUGGUAUAAUAAUAUUAUAGUUGAUAUCUACUUUCAUUGAUGUCUCAAUUACAGGUUCAAAUUUUUCAUUUAUUCAGCAUAUUUGGACAAGAGAAUCAAAUCUGUCGGGCCACUAGUACGAAUAAUUGGUGCUACUAAAACUCGAAAACCAGAUACAGUUUGGUGUAGAUUGUGGUAUUCAGAUAGUUCCAAGACUGUUUCAGCAUUUGUAAAAGCAAUUCGUGAAAACUGGAAUCUUAAAUACAGUGCAGUAUUUGUGUUGUGCAAAUUACCACCAGAUGGGAAACAACCAUUAAGUGUAUCAAUUGUAUCUCACAUUAAAGAUCCUAUUACUAAUGAAAUACUGAUUCAGAUGCCAAAAGCAACAAGUCAGUUUAAGACAGAUAUAGAAAUUUGUGUUAAACCAUUACAUUAUUAUUAUGACCGGGUAAAUAUUUUUUCAAUUGUACAAUAAUAUAUGUAUAUAUAUUUAUUUAAGUUUAUUUUUAUUUUAGGCAAUACAACUUAUGGAAUUUGUAGAGCUUAACUAUUUACUAGGGAUUGGACAUUUUACAUUUUAUAAAAACACUAUUGGACCAAAUGUAGAUUGUGUUCUAGAUCGUUACAAAAAAGACAACUUGGUUUCUAUUUUACCUUGGCAACUAGACAUGGUUUCUAAACAAGAAAUAAGAACUGAAGGAAUGUUUGCUGCACUUAAUGAUUGCUUGUACAGAAAUAUGUACAAAUCAAAAUUUGUUGCAUUUUUAGAUAUUGAUGAAAUUAUUGUUCCACGACAAAAUGACACUUUAAUUCAAUUAAUUAAGUUUGUUUAAUAUAUUAUAAUUAUUGUUUUUUUGUUUAAAUAUUAAUGUUAAAAAUGUAAUUAUUUUUAGCUGGUUAAACAUUUAUCAAACACCAGCUGCUUAUUCAUUUCGUAAUGCAUUUUUCUACAUGCAAUGGGCAGAUGAUGAUACAUUACCAAUAGAUCAGAAUCCAUUUCAUUCAAAUCUUGUUGUAUUACGGAAAACACGUCGUAAGACUAAGCUACAUCCACAUAAACAACGUUCUAAAUAUAUCUGUGAUCCUCGACGAAUAAUAGAAGUUGGAAAUCAUUUUAUUUGGGAAUUUUUAAAUCCUAAUGAUGGAACAUUUUAUUUCACUCCAGAACGUGCAAUACUCCAUCAUUAUAGAGUUUGUGAGUAUGGAGGAAAUGAUUGUGUAACUGCAGACUCAACAGUUGACCGCACUGUGUACAGGUAUAGAAAAAAAUUGGUUGAAAGAAUAACAAAUACUUUAGGUAACCUGGAUACAAAUUGUCUAAUAGAAGCUCAAGCGAACACUAAUGAAACCCUGUACUUCUCAAAUUAA